UUUGUCGAGCACUGGAGAGAUUUUGGAUGGUUUGACAUUAGUUUGACAACAUUUUUUCAAAGUACAGUGAGAACAUACUUACUGGUUGUCCAGACGUUGGAAUUGGAAUUCACGGGAGGUCACAUGCUUGUCUUUCUACGUUAAAAGUGGAAGCUAGCAGCUAGCUUCAGCUGCUAAUUAACAGCUGAGGCAGGCACACACAGGAUACUGUCAUCUAAAACUGAAACGGUUUGGCCAAAGUUUGCUAAGUUGACCAUUUGGAUAAGGUUGCCCUGACAAAAAAGUCUGUGAUGGGCAUGACCAACCGAAUAGAAUGUAUAUUUUUCAGUGAAUUUCACCCCACCCUGGGUCCAAAGAUAACAUAUCAGGUCCCUGAGGAAUACAUUUCACGGGAGCUCUUUGACACAGUUCAGGUUUAUAUCAUCACCAAGCCAGAACUGCAAAACAAAUUAAUAACAGUCACUGCCAUGGGAAAAAAGUUAAUCGGCUGUCCCGUGUGCAUUGAACAUAAAAAGUACAGCCGCAACGCCCUCCUCUUUAACCUUGGCCUCGUUUGUGACGCCCAGACCAACACGUGUGCCCUUGAGCCGAUUGUCAAGAAGCUGUCUGGGUACCUCACAACUCUGGAGCUGGAGAGUGGCUUUAUAUCCAAUGAGGAGAGCAAGCAGAAACUUUUACCCAUUAUGUCGACCUUGUUGGAAGAACUCAAUGCCACAGGAGCCUGCACCUUACCCAUAGAUGAGUCCAACACCAUCCACCUAAAGCUGAUCCAGCUGCGAAAGGACCCUCCGAUUGUCCAGGAGUACGACGUGCCUGUCUUCACACAGUGCAAAGAACAUUUUAUCAAAUCUCAGUGGGAUCUCACCACUCAGCAGAUCCUGCACUAUAUUGAUGGAUUUAGACACAUCCAAAAAAUCUCUGCUGAGGCGGAUGUAGAGCUGAAUCUUGUGCGCAUUGCUGUGCAGAAUCUCUUGUAUUAUGGUGUCGUGACCUUGGUGUCAAUAUUUCAGUACUCCAAUGUGUAUUGCACCACCCCCAAAGUUCAGAGCCUCAUAGAUGACAAGUCCAUUCAAGAGGAGUGCCUCAACUACGUCACCAAGCAGGGUCAGAAGCGUGCCAGUCUGAGAGAUGUGUUCCAGCUGUACUGUGGUCUGAGUCCAGGAACCACAGUCCGAGACCUUUGUUCUCGCUACUCGCAGCAGCUUCAAAGGGUUGAUGAGAGGAGGCUUAUCCAGUUUGGACUGAUGAAGUCUCUAAUACGACGGCUACAGAAAUACCCAGUGAAGGUGAGCCGCGAUGAGAAGAGCAGGCCACCUCGACUCUACACCGGCUGUCAUAGUUAUGACGAGAUCUGCUGCAAAACAGGAAUCAGUUACCAGGAGCUGGACGAGCGUUUGGAGAAUGAUCCCAACAUCGUGGUGUGCUGGAAGUGACGUGGGGUGAACUGAGAAGAGCGACCACCGUCAGACUGAAAGUUACAGAAAUGCCUCAGCCAAAGAUGCCUUCAGCGACAGAAAUAACAGUGUAAAGUGAAAUGGUAUUUUGUAAUUUUUAUGUUAGAUUAGUGUUUGUUUUUUUUUAAAACUAAUGUCUUCAUCAAGAAAUGGUCAAGUGAGGAAGGUGAUAUUUAUUAAUAUUGUACAAAAGAAAAUCUGUGAUUAAUAAAAGACAUAAUACCAAG